UUUUAGUCUGGACAGAGGAAAUAAGCGCGCACAAGCGUGUAGACGCCCAGUGAUGCUGUGGCAGGCGUGGCAGUGGGCUGGUCCAGGCUGCAGAGGGGGAUGCUCUCCACACCAAAGCCUUCAAAUCACCACGGGGGGCUUUAUAAUAGUGAAACGCUAACGAGAAAUUAUUUAUAUCCGUGUUGGAGGCAGGAAGACGGACUGUGCAUCAUUUCCAGUUGCUUUUUUUUUUAAUUUUUAUUAUUGCAAACGACUGUUUCAGCACAUAGGCUGAGAAAGAGACUGCAGGCGUGACGUGCAUACAAAGGACAAGCCGGAGAGGAUGGUGUAAGCUCCCUCUCUCUCUCUCUCUCUCUCUCUCUCUUUUCUGUCUCUUCCUGUCUCUCACCCACUCUCACUCUCCGUCAGUAAAAGAAAAUGAGCAGUUCUCCCACCCCUAAAGGGACCCCGGUCCAGCGUAGCCCGGUGGAUGGAGAGUGCAUGAUGAUGGAGGCGGUUCAGUCCCCACAGCCGUCCACCCCGACUGGCAGCUCCAAGAAACGAGUGUCCAGCAUCCUGCAGAGCCCUUCGUUCCGUGAGGAGCUGGAUGUGUUGAUUCAGGAGCAGAUGAAGAAAGGAGGGAGCUCCUCCAGUCUUUGGGCUCUCAGACAGAUCGCUGAUUUUAUGGCCACUUACGGCUCUCCUGCCGCCCUGCCCGUAUCACCGUCUACAGUAACCAUGGUAACCCCUAUAAACGACCUGCAUGGCUAUGAGCCCGGCUCUAUGGUGAAGGGUGAAAGACUGAUGCGCUGUAAACUGGCCAGCGUCCACCGCCUGCUGGACCUGUAUGGCUGGGCCCAGCUCACCAGCGCUAACCUCACAAUGCGUAUCAGCAAAGAGCAGGAGCACUUCCUGGUCCUGCCGGAUGGUCUGUCCUACGGGGAGGUCACUGCGUCCAGCCUGGUGAAGGUGAAUAUUCUGGGUGAGGUGGUUGAGAGAGGCAGCACUACACUGGGAGUGGAUCUGCCUGCCUUCAGCCUGCAUUCGGCCAUUUACUCCGCCCGGCCGGACGUCCGCUGCCUGCUGCAUCUACACACACCCGCUACUGCUGCUGUGUCAGCCAUGAAGUGUGGCCUUCUCCCGCUAUCCCAUGAGGCUUUACUGGUGGGGGAGGUGGCCUAUUAUGAUUACAAUGGCAUGAUGGAAGAGGAGGAAGACAGAGUGGACCUCCAGAAGAGUCUGGGUCCAACAUGCAAGGUCCUGGUCCUGAGGAACCACGGCAUCGUGGCUUUGGGGGAAUCCAUGGAGGAAGCCUUCUACACCAUCUACCACAUCCAGUCUGCCUGCCAAAUCCAGGUGUCAGCGAUGUGCUGCGCAGGAGGAGAGCAGAACCUCAUCCUGCUGGACCGAACCACACACAAACCCAACCCCACCGGCACCGUGGGCUGGGCCGGGUCCACGUUCGGUCCCAUGCACAAGAGCCGACUCGGAGAGCACGAAUUCGAGGCACUCAUGAGGACCCUCGACAACCUGGGCUACCGCACUGGCUAUGCCUAUCGCUUCCCCGUUCUGCUGGAGCGCUCCAGAACCCGCAGAGAGGUGGAGGUCCCGGCCACCGUCACCUCCUUCAGCUUCGAGGAGGAGGGCAAGCGCUCCCUCUCACGAGUUCAACCCCACGCCCAGAAACAGCAGCUGGAGAAAACGCGAUGGCUCAACACCCCCAACACCUACCAGAAGGUCAACCAGGACCAGGCCAGCCCAGGCCACCGCACCACGUGGCUGAGGACGGAUGAAGUAACCCAAAGCAGCGGAACAGCCAUUAAGAUCGAAAACCCAAACCAGUUCGUCCCUCUCUUCACUAACCCUCAGGAGGUGCUGGAGACCAGAAAUAAGAUCCGAGAGCAGAAUCGUCAGGACAUGAAGACAGCAGGACCUCAGUCUCAGUUAUUAGCCAGCGUCAUUACGGACAACAGCCCACCGUCUCCAGAGAAGGUGGAGCUUCCUUCGACCCCCGAGCCUGAACCCCCGAACCCGUUUAACGAGCUGACGGAUCAGGAGCUGGAGGAGUACCGUAAAGAAGUCCAGCGCAAACAGCUCAGCCAGGACGGUGGGGAGGAGGUGCUGAACGACGCAGGUACUCCCCCUGCGGCCUCCCCCACCAAAACCCCCACCAAACCCCCUCCCUCAGACGGCGACACCACAGAAGCUGUACAGAACGGAAAAGAGGAGGACGAGAAGCAGCAGGAGGAGCUGGAGAAAGGACUGAAGGCCCUGACCACCAACGACACGUCGGAAAGCUCGCCUCUAGCCCCGCCCGCCGCCCCGCCCACAAAGCCCCCGGGCACCACCCCGGAGGGGUCCCCCUCCAAGUCGCCCUCCAAGAAGAAGAAGAAGUUCAAAGCUCCCUCGUUCCUGAAGAAGAGCAAGAAGCAGAAGGAGAAGGCUGAAACCUGAGCUUCGGAAACGUUCACAGACACUUCUGCAGUAACACUACAGUAACACACACUCACACACGCGCCGCUCACGAGCCCUCGGCUAACCAAGUUGCACUUACGCUCGUUCAGACUCACUGUGUAUCGAUCUGUUCGUCCACUCACGCCAUUUUUUGGGUUAUUGUUUUGUGACAUGAAGCUAAUUUUCAUUCAAAUCUCCCAUCACGAUCCUGACUAACCCUCGAAAAGGAAUAAAAAGCUCCAGACGAGCUCUCCUCUCUCUCCCCCCUCGCUUUUAAACCGAUACUGCACUUAGCACAAGCAUAUAGACGAGAAUGUGGCAUCAAGUAAGCACUCACAUCAUUUUGAUUGUUCAUAUUAGUCAACUAUGAUUGUUCACUGAUGGUCAUAUUGCACAACUGUUUGUAUAAUUCUACGAAGUGUAAUCGUGAGCUCUCUACGGACUGAAAGCUGGUUUCCUGUCCGUGUUUCAUACGAUCCCACUUUUUUGGUUUCGAAUAGCAGGAAUACGGCAAAUUGCAGCAGUGAUGGCGAAAUGUCUUGCAACAACAUGGAAUAAGCUAUUGAAAAAGAAAAAAAAAAACAAACAAUACUGAAUGAAAAGAAGAGAAUCUGGCUUAUUUAUGCAACGUUAAAAGGCACUGAAACAUUCCACUCCUCGUUUUUAUUUUGUACAGUUAAAGGGGGAACUUCUUUGCAGUUGUAAUUAUUUUUAUGACCUGUAUCUCUUAUUUAAACGCUUUUGUGUGUAUAUCUGCUGGUUUUCAAGUCUGAAUCCAUGUCAUAUUAGAAUGUAAGGUGAUCAAUGCUAGGUUGUACCAAUCAUUAAAACUCAUUGAAAGGGA